AUGGACAACGGUGAUGCCAAUAAAAAUAAUAAGAGCAUCAACAAAACCAAUGGUGGUAAAUACAAGCCGCCCCUGAUGGGGACCUACCAGAGAAAGGUGUUCCCGGAGCCAUGCUCUACACAAGAUGCGUCCACACAGACUUACAAACGUGAUUAUGUCAGAAACGAAAAAUAUGGAAAAUGUGAAUUUUGGCACCGUCAACAUGCGAAUAGGGACGGUUCGUGGAGGAAGUGA